AUGAGAGAGGGAAAAGUGGCCUUGAUAACUGGGACUACCUCUAAUCUCGGCAUUAAUAUUGCCUUUAGGUUGCUUGAUCAGCUACCCAAUGGCACAAAUAUCACUCUCAUUGUUACUUCCAGGACAUUGCCGCGGGUGAAAGAGGUGAUAGCCGACAUCCAGAAAUACUACAGAGAUAAACACCCCAAUCGCUCUGGUGAACUCGAAUUUGAUUAUCUUCUUGUCGAUUUUACUAACAUGGUGUCGGUAUUAAGUGCAUUCCAUGCUGUUGAGCAAAAAUUCACUAAAAUCGACUACGUUUUCAUUAACGCCGCCCAUGGAGUAUACUCCGGCAUUGAUUGGAUGCAAGCGACAAAGGCAGUAUUUACAAACAUUCUUGAUGCCGUUACCUUUCCAACUUAUAAGCUUCAGAAGGUUGGUGUGAAGUCUGUCGAUGACAUCGGGGUGGUUUUCCAAGGUAAUGUCUUUGGCCCAUAUUACUUUUUACACAGAAUCAGACACUUGCUCGAAGGUGGUGCCCGUGUUGUGUGGAUUUCUUCUGUUAUGGCCAGCCCCAAAUACUUAUCUUUUGACGACCUUCAACUACUUAAAUCUCCCGAGCCUUACGAGGGCUCAAAAAGAUUUAUUGAUCUAUUACAUUGCGGAACUUUCAGAUAUCUUUCCCAAAAGUACAAUAUCAAAUCCUAUGUUGUCCAUCCAGGAAUAUUUACCAGCUUUUCAUUUUUCGAGUUUUUGAAUGUCUUUACCUACUACGGUAUGAUGAUCCUAUUCUAUAUAGCUCGCCUCUUGGGAUCCCAGAUUCACAACAUAUCAGGGUACACUGCCGCGAAUGCACCUGUAACAGUCGCAUUGAACGACUGCGAUCAGUCCGUAAAAUGGGUAUCGGCGUGUAACCGCUGGGGUCGCGAGUUCACUACGCAUGAUGAAAUUGAAAGUACGGGUGCUGAGGAUGUCGUUGCUUUCAUAGAUAAGUUAGUCGGCGAAUGGGACGAAAAGUUAAGAAGCCAGAUCACGGAGACUCGGAAGACAUGA